AUGCCAGUUCCACCUACAUACUCGCGUCACUUUGUGGAGAGACAGAGGCGGUUCGAUGAGCCUGACUAUGUGGUACCAGCAUUUCCACCGCUUGUCGUCGACGGUCCCCGCCCCCGAGUAGAAGACGGGAUAGAAGGGGCUGACUACGUGGUCGCGCGGUAUGUGGAGCACGACGCCCACGCCCUCAUAAAACAUACCUCUUGUGAAGAGAGCCGUACUAUGCCGACCGUCGCGAUGCUUGACGACGUCUUACACGACUGCGGCAGAUGCAACCGCGCUAGCGCUGCGCACAGCCGUCUGCAGCUAGUGCACGGCUUAGAACUUUUCGGCCUUAAAAAAUAG